AUGGAUCCAUCGGCGUUGCUGUAUGACCAGCUCAAGGCUGCAGACCCGUUCUUCCUGUUGGCAGGUCCCAACGUGAUUGAAUCAGAAGAGCACAUUAUGCGGAUGGCUAAGCACAUCAAAACUAUUUCAUCUAAAUUUGGAAUUCCGUUGGUUUUCAAAUCAAGCUUUGACAAAGCUAACCGGACUUCUUCAAAAUCGUUUCGUGGCCCAGGGAUGGUUGAGGGAUUGAAGAUACUUGAGAAGGUUAAAAUAGCGUAUGACCUUCCUAUAGUGACAGAUGUGCACGAGGCCAGCCAGUGUGAACCAGUUGGCAGAGUUGCAGAUAUCAUUCAAAUUCCAGCAUUCUUAUGCCGCCAAACAGAUCUUCUAGUUGCAGCAGCCAAAACUGGGAAGAUUAUCAAUAUCAAGAAGGGCCAAUUCUGCGCUCCUUCUGUCAUGGCAAAUUCAGCGGAAAAGGUUCGGUUAGCUGGAAAUCCUAAUGUGAUGGUUUGUGAGAGAGGAACAAUGUUUGGCUACAAUGAUUUGAUUGUUGAUCCACGUAAUCUGGAGUGGAUGAGAGAAGCCAAUUGUCCUGUUGUAGCUGAUAUAACGCACUCGCUACAACAACCUGCCGGAAAGAAGUUGGAUGGAGGAGGUGUUGCAAGUGGAGGUCUUCGAGAACUAAUACCUUGCAUUGCAAGGACAUCAGUUGCCGUUGGAGUGGAUGGAAUCUUCAUGGAGGUGCAUGAUGAUCCAUUGAAUGCACCUGUAGAUGGCCCAACACAGUGGCCUUUGCGCCACUUGGAGGAGCUACUUGAAGAACUCAUAGCUAUUUCUAGGGUAAGCAAAGGGAAGAAGCCGUUUAAAAUCGAUCUCACACCAUUUCAUGAAUAA